AUGCGUGGCCCAGUGUUUGCACUCUUGUUAUUCGUGACGCUAGUGGGAAUAUGUUCAGGUCUUUUAAAGAAUGAGAUGACAUCUAAGGACUCUAAUACGGAAACGAUGGAUUUGAAGACAAGAAGAACAAGAAUUUUGAAAGAAUUGUCUCCAGUUAUUAACGAGGCAGAGGUCGAUUCCAAGACUUUUGCAUUGCAAGACAGUUAUGACUGUGACAACGGGAUGGUGGCGGCUAUACGAAAGUUUUUCAAGGCAAAUGAUGCGACGUUUGACACGUGCAUCUCCGAUAGUGGCUAUCAGAUCUAUCCGUAUACGGGCAUCCUGCCUGACUCGAAAGUCGUGACGGAACUUGUCAGCUCAAGCGCUUGUAUGGGUAUCAUUACGGCUGUCGUAAUGCUCAACCUGCCUCCGUGCAUUCUAAAUGACUUGGCCAUGCGAGCCGCAUGCGAGACAAUUCUAGUAUACUCGGUCGCGAUGAGGAAAGGUGUUGAAGCUCCAAUGGCUGAGAAGUUUUACGAGGUGGUGACGUGGCGACACCAUGUUGAUCUCGCCAAAGCAGCCAAAAAACCAUUUGACGGCGAGUCAAGGAUGUACAGGACAUUUGCGAAAUAUUUGCAUAAAGCGUUGGUCACGAGUAAAGUAAAGAUCAUGCACAACUUGACAGUUGUCCUUGGCCAUGAGACAGCAGACUAUAGCGGAUAUAAGCAUGGUCAGCAGUCUUCGUUUAUCUCUACUAACUCCUCGGCGGAUGUCUUUGUCGGUAAAGUCAUAGCUGCUAAUGACGACGUUGACGAUGCAUCGGUUAUGACUGCUACUAAAACCGUAACUACUAGACAAAGCUCUGACUCCGUGACUGUGGCGGCAGCUUCAAUGACAUUUGCUCUGACGCUCUUGCUAGCUGCAGCAGUUUUGUAG